GAACCUGCGAGGUUAGGAUAAGUGAAUACUACUACGGUCAACUGUGUAAGAAAAUCGAGGCCUAUGGUCGUGAUAUUAAAGUUCUGGAGAAAGAAUUGAAACAAGCUUCGGAAACCGGUCAUUUCCUCAGUGAAUAUGAUGAUGGGUUAAUUGUUUUCAAACCAAUUUCAAGAUGGAAAAUGAUUAAAAACAAAAUCACUAACAAUCGAUAUAUGAGAGCAUCAGGAGCUGGAUUACGUGUAAUUGGGAGGCGAAUAGGCAUUGCAAACAAUGUUCAAAUAAUCCGGCUUAAAGGCUUAGUGCCAUCUGAAAAACAAGCGUAUGUCAUUCUUCUCAGGAAAGAAGCGAAAGGCAUUACUGAUCUGACUCUUCGUCUCGGCUAUCAACACGGUCGACUACUAGAUAUUUCGCUUGAUGAAAAUAAUCUCCAUCGGAACUUUCAACCAGUAUAUCAGUAA